AUGCAUAUCCAAUCCAUCCCCAUGUGGGUGGGCACCAGCAACAACUAUGCCUACCUGGUCGUCGACGACAAAUCCAAGGACGCCGUCAUCAUCGACCCGGCCAAUCCUCCCGAGGUCGCGCCGGUUCUCAAGGACGCCACCGCCGGGGGCAAGAUCAACCUGACGAACAUCGUGAACACCCACCACCACUGGGAUCAUGCAGGCGGAAACAAGAAGCUGCUCGAGGCGCUUGGCAAUUCCAAGCUCGGCAUCAUCGGCGGCAAGGACUGUGAGGGCGUCACGCAGACGCCCCGGCACGAGGAGGUUUUCAAGAUUGGCGACAUCUCCGUCACGGCGGUCCACACGCCCUGCCACACCCAGGACAGCAUCUGUUACUUCAUGGAGGACAGCACGGGCAGGGCCGUCUUUACCGGCGAUACGCUCUUCAUUAGCGGCUGCGGUCGGUUCUUUGAAGGCAACGCCGCCGAGAUGCACGAGGCCCUGAAUAAGCGUCUGGGUGCACUGCCAAACGACACUGUCGUCUACCCCGGCCACGAAUACACAAAGGCCAACGUCCAGUUUGCCAUCUCCGUUUUGCAGAGCGACCCCGUUAAGGCGCUGCAGGACUUUGCGGAGAACAACAAGGUGACGACGGGCAAGUUCACCAUUGCGGAUGAAAAGAAGCACAACGUCUUUAUGCGCCUCGACGACCCCGUCGUGCAAAAGGCCACUGGCGCGACCGACCCCGUCGAGGUCAUGGCGCAGCUGCGCGAGAUGAAGAACAGCUUCAAGUGA